UUGAAUGAAAUCGAUCGUAAAUGAGAUCUACAGGCCAAGGCAAAUCUCAAGCCUAAUCACCCCACAUUUCCGGGGAUAAAGAAGGGCGAGAUAUCUCAAUCCAAGUACCAAGAUCAAUAUGGCACGCGAGAGGGUCCUUACGAGAGAUAGGGGGGAUCCACGGGUUGAAAGGAGCGAAAAGCAGCUUGACCCUUGCUUCUAGUAUUUAUGAUAGGGUUUACUUGUACUUACCUGAUUAGCGAGAUUAGCUAGACGCCACUUGGCCGACAAGCCUUUAGGAUUGAUAGCCUAUGAAAGGAGAUCAGAGGCUAGCCCCAUGGACGAGGUCAAGGCCGGUCAGAGAAAACUCAGACGCUUCUCGACGAGCCACUCUUUCAGUCUCCCUUUCUGCUGCAGGAAUUAGAGAGAGAGGGCAGAAGUAGAGGAUGCACCAUAAGCCGGUGUUUACGCUGACUUAGGCGGUAGAAGUGAGUCUUCUUCGCUUUCAUGUUCGCACAAAUAGAGCUUCUUCUUUUCAUUGUAAUCAAAAGCCUAGUUUAUCCCAUGAUUCUUCGUGAAAAGCCACUUUUCAGAUAAUAGAUGAGAGUUCUCCACUGAACCUGAUUAUACGAGAAUGAAGGAAGGGUAGUUACGAAACCCACUACGCGGUAAAUCCAGAUCAGGUCACCAGUCGUUCUCUCCCCUCUUAAGUCGAGCCAAUCUACCUGGUCCUGGAAGUCUAGUUGUCGAGUUUCUUCCUUUUAGUGACUACGCUUGAAACUCCUAAGCGCUCCUUUUCUUUUGUCUCCUUAUCAGUCGACUUUCUUCGAACGGCCCCGUGGGAGUCGAGUUCUUCCCUCCUUUUGAGUAUAUUCCACGUUUUUGGUUCUACGUAGCUUAAUUAGUCCUCUCCUCUCAGUCGAGCACCGAAAGCUCCGAAGGAGGCUGAAUGAAUAUGAGUUACCAACGAUCCCCAUUAGACUAAUUGGAUCUGGUCUAAAAGGGUAGAAAACUCCUCGAAUAUGAAUUCAGCCCACUCCGCGGUUCUAGCUUAUCUUCCAUCGGUAGCAGAAGUGGUUUCAGGAGAGGAUCUGAGAUCCGUAGUAGCCUCAUCCGUACUUCGAGUAGGGAGCUUCCAAGGAAAAUAGAGAAAAUCUCAAAGGCUGUCUCACAAGUCAUUGAAUAAAGUCAAAGCUCCUUCUCCAACCCUACUUCAAGUCAGAACCUACUAAACCUACUUACCGAAAGCGAUUCUUCUUUCGUAUUUAUUUGCUUUUCAAUAAAGGAAGAUAGGCUUUCUUUCGUAUUUAUUUGAGGUUUAGUUUAGCCAACUUGUUAAGUAAGAAAAGUGCAGGUGCACAUAUGCUUAAGAUACGCCGGAUCGGUGUGUGACCUCUGUCCGAACGUCUUUCAUUUCGCAGUCGAGCCCUCUAUAAUUCUUUGCGCCUCCGUAGCUUAAUGCGAGCCCCUUUCGCUCCUCUCCUUUCAGUCGAGCCCCUUUCGCUCCUCUCCUUUCAGUCGAGCCCCUUUCGCUCCUCUCCUUUCAGUCGAGCCCCUUUCGCUCCUCGAUCAUUCUUUGAGCCUAUUUCUUUAUGGAAAAACCUGAAUUUGUCUCCAAAGGCACAAAGAACCCCAAAACUCAGACAAAGGCAAUUCCGUACCAAGAAGAUCAGCGAAGGCGCGAGGAAGACCUUUCGCUAAGCUUUUUACCGAGCCUACGGCAGAACCUAAAAUCAGUACGAAAGCCUAUCGUCGGAUCGAUCGAUCAAAAGGCUGUUCUCCCAGAGGCAGUGGCAGCUCUUGUUCAUUAAGUCGCGGAGUAUGCCUCAUGAGAGAUCGAUCAUGGUAAGGCCAAUCGCCUGUCUUCUUUCAUUCUCGUUAAUGAGCUCUCUUUUCUUGACUUUCUGAUCGUGAAUGAGUGGACUAGAGUUCGUAUAGGUCUGACUCUUUCUCUCUAUCUUCCUCACUCUUGAUUUAUGGAUGUUCAUUGAUCUUUCUUCUUAUGAGCUUCGCGGAGUGCAAAGAAAGAGCUCCUUCUCAGUCUUAACCUACUAAAAGGGCUUAAAGGAAGACGUAGGUAGAAGGUUGAGUGCUUUUCUAUUAUCGGAAGACGAAAGGAGCUCGACUUGCUGCGUGUCUUCUUUGCUUCUCCGUCAAAACCGUCCGAACCCUUGUUUAUCCACAGGUCUCAUUAGAUAAGGACACUCAAACGAGUCCAGAGGCUCGACUGAAAGGAGAGGAGGUCUCGACUGAAUCAAUGAAUAAAGUCAAAGAAUGAUCGAAGAAUUUGAGCUUUUCAUUCCACUCAUAAUUAAGCUACUGAGGCCCAAAGAAUUUGUGGAGAAGAAUUUGAGGCGGAUAGGUUUCUUUGUUUAUUUGGUUUAUCAAGUUCUUAUCUUCUCUUUCAUACAUCUCUAUCUUCUUUUCUGUCUUCGCAGACUAUUGAAAUAGUCUUUUCAAUCAUCAAAGACCUUGAUUCUUCUGACUCAACCACAAUUUCAUGAAGGUAGCUUGCUUACUCUCAGCCGCUAGUUAGAGGGAAAUCCGUUGACUGAGUUUAUGCCCUUAUGCAGUAAAGAAAGCAAGUGAGGCGGGCUAAGCUUCCAUUCUCAGUAGAGUUUCAGAUAGAGGAUUCGAUCUUGGACCUCUCGGGAUCCGGUUCGAGAAAAGGUCCGAUCCAUUAAUAUCAUGAUUGGGUCGACCAGGCCAGAUCGUCAGUGAAUAGAAAAUCGAAAACGUACAUAGCAGUCCCAGCUGAAAUACUUGGAAUAAUUCUACCACUUCUACUAGGAGUAGCCUUUUUAGUGCUAGCUGAACGUAAAGUAAUGGCUUUUGUGCAACGUCGAAAGGGUCCUGAUGUAGUGGGAUCGUUCGGAUUGUUACAACCUCUAGCAGAUGGUUUGAAAUUGAUGAUAAAAGAACCUCUUUCACCAAGUAGUGCUAAUUUCUCCCUUUUUAGAAUGGCUCCAGUGGCUACAUUUAUGUUAAGUCUGGUCGCUCGGGCCGUUGUACCUUUUGAUUAUGGUAUUGUAUUGUCAGAUCCGAACAUAGGGCUACUUUAUUUGUUUGCCAUAUCUUCGCUAGGUGUUUAUGGAAUUAUUAUAGCGGGUUGGUCUAGUAAUUAGGGGGCGGCCGUUCGGUCGCCUAUGAUACUAGGACCAAUAGGUCAAAAAUGGGUUUGUGCCGCAGGUGUUGAACGAUCUACUCUACACAGGUGUGGGCUUACAGGGCUAGGGCUCAGAAACCCUUUCUUUCAUUCAUCAAUAGGGCCCUGGCAAGGAACCUAAAAUAAGUACGAAAGCCUAGGCUCUUAGUCGCAAAUUCUUUGACUUUAUUCAUUGAUUCAGUCUCGUCUCAAUAUUCACUAAUUAAGCUACGUAGGACGAGUCAGAAAUCCUCUCAUUGAGGACCUUUGUUUUGGAGGGGUCCGCAAAUUCUUUGCUCCUUGCCUAGGUUAAUAUGGAUUUCUUUCCUUGCACUCCUUUUCAUUGAAUUUGAAGGAUAAGGACUUUCGCUUUCAUUCAACUCCUAACCGCUCCUUUGAUCCUUAUCAGAUGAAUAUGGAUUCAAGGUCCGUCCGUAGGUUAUGAAAUAACUCGUAAUUAAGCUAGCACGGACCGGUUCAAAGAAUUUUCAAGCGAAGUCCUGAUCCCUGAACUAUUUUCAGGAGUGCAUUAUUCAAUAACUCGACUGAUAAGGAGAGGGGCGAAGCGAAUUCCUUAUCAAAGAAUGAGAGAAAUCCAUAUUCAAAUUAAUGCCACUAAAAAACUAAAAGGAGGAGGAGUAUAGUCUUCUUCCAUAUAUAUUAGUCCUCUGGAACCUCUUUGAUCCACAGAUGAAUAUGGAUAUAAACAAGUCCUUCGGCUCAAAAACAAGGGUUAGGACCAAAGAAUUUGCGAGUGGAAUUCACGAACGAAUAUGAGACUAAUUAAGCUACUCCAGAUGAGUCAUGAAAUGGAAUAUGAACCUAUUCAGUCGCUUCGAUCAUUCUUCUCAAAUUCUUUGAUCCUCCAGACCUCUUUGAUCCUAACGGAGGGCUCAAAGAAUGUGAAAAGGACUGAGGGCUCGACUGAAAGGAGUCCAAGAUUCAAGGAGGAGGCUCAAAGAAUGAUCGAGGUCCUCCGGACUUGUUCAUUCCACUAAUAUUGUCUCAUUGAUAAGGGCUAAGUCAAAGAUGGAACUAGACUAAGAUUAAGCUACUCCAGAUGAGUUUCAGAGGAAUUUGAUUUGAGAAGUGGAAGUCAUAAAAAAGAGAUCUUUCGAUUCGUACCGCUACGUGGGAUCGCUUGCUGGCCUAUAUAUAUUUCUAUUGCUAGAUCGCUGUCUUUUAACCCUCUCUUCUUCUUUGUCAACGCUACCUUGGACCUAAAGGAAAAGGCGCUACUUAGCCCUAGAUUUUGAGAAGUCAGCGGCUGAGUUAGCCUAGCCUACCCUCUCAAUGUAUUGUAUAGUAGGGUAUAGUAGGCGAGCGAGUUAGCGAAGACGCUUAGGCUAAUAGAUAAGAGAGCGUCGGUGCUACGCCUUCAUUCUACUACGCGUAGCAAAGGUUACGAAUUAGCUCGAGGUUAGGAGAGUCAAGUCAAGGGGGAAGGCCAUACCUACAUAGAAGAACCGCUGUUCGUUGACUUUCUAAGGUCUAACCUUUCGCUCCCCUACUGAAAAGGAGGAAAGCAGCUUGACUCUCUUGACUUGAAAGAGGCAGCCCACUACGCUAGAGAUCAGAAGAAAGAGAUCUGAAUUCGAUCUUUGUCUUCUUUCUUGAGAGGAGCAAAGCAGCUUCGCACUACUUAAGAUUCAAUUCAAAAGGUCCUACUUAGUUUCGUAAGCCUUUGUCAUUGUCAGUCAACUAAGUAGGGCCUGAGGCCCCCUGCGAAUCCGUAAAUCUCAGGAGCAUGCCGCAACAAAAGGAUGGUCCCCUAUGCAUUUCAUUCUUUCCGGAAGGGAAAAAGAAGUACCCCCCAUCAUGGUGAACCUCUCCUUGUGAUCGGGAUGAGGUAGAUGCCUCCCAGCCGGGGGGCGGAUCGAAUCGGAGUUUCCUUAGGUAGCCACCGACCUACAGUUAUCCUGAAACUUCCGUGCUUGGUGGAGAAGAAGCGAACAAAGGUAGGCUCGCUUCCUGUCUUGUUCUCUGCUGCGAACUGGGAUCGCUCGCCAGCUAGGUCAGAUUGGAGCAACCUUUUAUGAGAACAUAUUACCCUUAUUCGGGGACAAGGGGCGGAACGACCUCUCGAUCUACUUACAGCUGCCCAGGAAGAAUUCGUCUAGGCCUUCCCUCUUGCUCCGAUCUCCCCGUAGCCUAGGGCCUUGUCUGGGCCAAGAGCCAUAGUUAGUUGCUGUUUCCAUUUGCUUCUUUUUUUUUCUUGUUGUUGAUACCGGCAAGACCCAGCCAGAUGAUGUCUUCUGGUUGGUAGUGAGAGGACUUUGAGUACCUGCAUACCCAAAAGAAAGGGGGCGUCAAAAACAAGAAUUUGCUUUUUUUUCUUGCUCUCCCUUAGCAGCGGGGAAGGAGUCUAUCUAUCUGCCUAGCUUUGGUAGAUUUCCUCCAACGCAAUCCACAGAAAUGAAAGGAAUCCCUUCCCUUGGUGGAUAAGUCCGACGACGGAGCAGCAGUGCGGAAUUGACUUUCUCGUCUGGUGGAUCUGAUCUAUAGUUAGGGGGCAAUACAUACCAAAAGGUUCGAAGAAGGAAGG